UCGUUCAUGUUUGGGUCACAACAACGAGACACUCCGCAUCCAUUUUCUUUCCCUCUCUUCUUCUUCCUUCUCCUCUCCUCUCUCUCUCUAUAUAUAUCUCUCUUCACUCUCCACAAUCCCACACCCAAGCCCCUCUCUCCGAAGUUGGGAACAUGAGUUGGCGGUCGGUGAGGGGAAGCCGUAAGAGGAAGAUGGAUUUCGAACUGGACCUCAACCGUGAUCCGCCGCUGGUUCGAGAAGAGGAGGAGGAGGAGGAGGAGGGGGGGCCCUCAAGGCAUCAGCAGCACCACCACCACCAACAAGAACCUCAAACUCCCAUUGUCGAUGUCGACGCCAUUGACGACGAUGUUGUUGAAAGCUCGCCUAGGUCUUUCGCUCAGGCUAAGAGCAAUGCUGAUGAGAGGAGGAGAGUUCGCAGGAGGACGACUAUUGUUGAUUUGGACUCAGAAGAUGGGACCAGAGGAGUUCCUCAAAACCAAACAAUCAUCAAUGGCGAUCUUUAUGUAAAUUUGGCCAACAACAGCAGUUCUGCGAGUGAAAAUGCUAAGAAGACACCUGAACCUCCCAAGGAGCCUGAAGCUCCUAAGGAGCCUGUUUUUAAUUGCCCAAUAUGUAUGUCCCCUUUGGUUGAAGAAAUGUCAACAAGGUGUGGUCAUAUUUUUUGCAAGAAUUGCAUCAGGGCUGCUAUAUCUGCACAGGCUAAAUGCCCUACCUGUAGAAAAAAGGUUACAAAGAACUCACUAAUAAGGGUGUUUCUUCCUGCAACUAGUUAAAGGAUCUCUAUCCAAUCAUUAAUUGAGGAGAAUCAGGAUUUAGGAAUGUGAGAAGAAGCUUCAUUGUACUCUGCAGAAUGCUGAGUGGCUCUGUUGUUGCUGACAUGUUUGUUGUAGCGGAUGCUUAUUUAUUUUCAAGGAGCUGUUUCUCCUCAUUAAUUUGUCAUGUAAUACAUAGGGAUGCUCUGUUUUUUAUUUAAAUUGUUCAUAAACCUCAGUUUUUUUUACUUUUUAUAUUUAUUGGUCAAAGAAUAAUCUUAUAAACAAUUUAUGAAUGUGUAGUUUUUUUUUUUUUGUCAUAAUAUCAAUAUGAAAUAUCCAUUAGCUGAUAACAUUCCUUU